CCGGGCCGGGCAGGGCAGAGCUCCAGGGCCCCUGCACUGCUGUGGUGAUUUGGGGUGUCGCCCGGCGGCCUUGGAGGAGCAGCCCACGGCGUGACCCGGGCAUUGAGCCGGGCCGGCCGUGGGGCGGCGGUUCGGUGCGGCGGUGGGCAGAGCUGUGCUUCCUUCCCAGGACGGCCUGAAGCAGUGUUUGACCGACUUCAAGCAGCAGCUACCGUGGGUGGAAAGGCUGGAUGUGACUUUGGGCCAGGUCAUGGAACCCAUCUCACAGAGUGCGCCUAACAAAGAUGCUGUUGAUCCCGAGAAUGAUUUCCAAAGAGAGAUGAGCUUUUACCGGCAGGCUCAGGCAGCGGUCCUGGAAGCGCUACCUAGAUUGCGGAAGCUCCAAGUUCCUACUAGAAGGCCAGAUGAUUACUUUGCAGAGAUGGCCAAAUCAGACCAGCAGAUGCAGAAGAUUCGACAGAAGCUUAAGAGUAAACAGGAAGCGAUGGAGAGGUCUGAGAAAGCGAAACAGCUCCGUGCAAUGAGAAAAUAUGGCAAGAAGGUGCAAACUGAGAUUCUACAGAGGAGACAAAAGGAGAAAAAAAAUAUGUUGAAUGCAGUCAAGAAAUACCAGAAAGGUCUCUCUGACAAGCUGGAUUUUCUAGAUGAAGAGCAGACAUCAUCUCAGGGGCAUAAAAAAGGCGGUGCAAGUCAACAGAUAAAGAAGGGACCAAAUGCCAAAAGACGAUACAAGAAUCAGAAGUUUGGUUUUGGUGGGAAGAAGAAGGGCUCAAAGUGGAACACAAAGGAGAGUUUUAAUGAUGUAUCGAGCUUUCGGUCAAAAGUGGCUCACAACAAAGGCCCAGGAAAAGCAGGAAGAGGAGGGAAAAAAGCCCUCAAUAAGAGACCUGGAAAGAGAGCAAGGCAGAAAAUGAAAAGCCGAGCGCGAUAAGAGGACUGUGCUCCCCUGUGGAGUUCCUGUGUUUCUGUGUGUUGCAAGAUGUGUUUGUGCUGUCAUCAAGCAGCUAAUGGUGGAGCAAGCUGGACGCUUCCAAGUGGCAAGAAAAAAAAUUCAGUGGAGACUAGUGUCUUAUCACUAAUUUCUUCUUACUGUCAGUUUUGUUGAAGGAUUGUUUUCUACUUAAACCUUUGGUGUGUAAGUGCAUUAAAUGGUUUGCACAGAACAAUGUCUGAUUCAUGUUUAGCUGCGUUAUGAGUGGUGGCCAAAGCCUGCCCUUUGUUCCCUUUGCUCUGACAGCUUUCUCCACAGCUACUGUUGACAUGUACUUGGUGAACUUGAGUUCUGAGUCGUGUUGCCAAUGUCAAAAUAAGAAGUCUGAAGCCUGUCAAGAUGUUAAAGUGUUUUUUAGACUAUUUAUAUAGAUGGGUUUAUAUAGCAGUGAGACAAAUGCAGCAAUCUUAUAAAUAGGUUUAUUUCUGUAACUAUUGUCAGGCUGUAAAUCUGGACAGACUGAGGUUCUCUUUUCCCUUUUCUCACUACAUUUUCUUGUUGGAAAUCUACCACUCUCCUAAUAACAAGCAAGGCCUAACACAUGAGAUGUCAUCAACUGCUUCUAUCUAAGUUGUGUGGCUUUGCCGCUCUCCUACUGCAGGUUAUCUGACUUCUCCCCGUGUCCCAUGGCAGCUGUUUAUUUAGUGAUCUCUGUCUUCCGGCGUGGGAAGUAGAGUCUGCAAUCAGUACGGUCCAUCUGAAUCUGGGAAAGAAAAAUAAUGAACACUCAUGAGCUUUUACUAGAAUUAGCAGUAGUAAUCCUUCCUAAGAGUGACGUACAGUGUUCUUGCUGCUGAGAAAUGCCCAAGUGACAAGUGAGAGAAUAUACUGUUCACUGAUUCAUUAUGGUAGAACCUGGUGAAAAAGGAAAACUUAACAUAUGAAAUAGCAUUGUGAGUCCUGACUAUAAAUGUAACUCCUCUCCCUACACACAAAUUUAGUUGCCUCUUUCCUGCCAGUCUAAUCUACCACUAGUAUCCAACAGUGUAAAUCGUUGCUGGGAUGUCUGUCUCUGUCUAGUCUUGUCAUGAGUAACAAGUUUACCUGAAGUGUAAUAUGAAAAGUUGCAAAAGACUAUCUUAUUUAUCUUAGUUUCCUUUGUAACAGGCCAAAAUUAAUCAGGCCCUCAUUUGCCUUUCUCAAAACUAAUCUAAAAAGUCAGUCAUCGUCACAGCUACUCAUUUGUCAGAUAUGAAUGAUUGAUGUCUUGGCUUGUUAAUAAGACUUCUUUUCCUCCUGUUUAUUCAUGCUUCACCAAAUGAAUCCUCACUGAUGUAUUCUGCCUUGGAUAUAAUUAGCUGAUUAUUAAUUUCAUGGUUCUGCUUACAAUUUGUUUGAAAAAUACUGUACAGCAGCACAUUUUUUUUCACAGUACUUUUGUAUGUCACUUCACAUUGCUCGCUACACCAUUUCUCAUGGCUGAAUGCUUUAAUAAACAGCCAUGAUUACA